GGCGUCAGCGACGACAAAACCUCGCAGGACAUCCGAAGAGCCCGUGUAGCUGAAAUCUUUUCCGGAAGUGGAAACUUGUCCAAAGCCUUGUGUGACGUUGACUUGCCGGCUAUCGAGUACGACCUCAUCAAAAGCCCUGAGCACGACAUGUACAACACCCUCAAGAUGGAAAAGAUCCGCGACACGGUCAUGGGAGCUCCUAACAUCCAGUACAUUCACCUCGCCCCGCCGUGCAAUACGUUCUCCCAAGCAAGGUGGCCGAAGAUCAGAUCCAAGCAGUACCCCGCCGGUCUGCCCAAUGUGACGCACAAGCAACGUCAUCAGCUUCAUGUGGCGAACAAAAUUGUGCAGAACACUGUCGCGAUUGCGGAUGCCUUGAUUACCGGCGGGAAAAUGGUUUCAAUCGAGAACCCUGCCUCGAGCUUGUUCCUUUACUUUGUUUAG